UCUUUCUUUGGUUUGCUUCUAUAUAAAUCAUCUCGAAACCCUCCCAACGCCUUUCUUUCUCACUCCGCUUAUUGUAGGGUUUCUCGUCUCCGCCUUUCUUCUCUCUCUCAGACACGCCCACACACAUUACACGCAGUAGAGCAGAGAAGAGAUGGCGCAGUCGCUGGAAUUGCUGUUAAUUCAAUUCCUGAUGCCUGACAAUGACGCCAGAAGGCAAGCCGAGGACCAAAUUAAGCGACUAGCCAAGGAUCCCCAGGUUGUUCCAGCUCUCGUCCACCACCUCCGCACCGCCAAGACCCCCAACGUCCGCCAGCUCGCCGCCGUCCUCCUCCGCAAGAAGAUCACUGGUCACUGGGCUAAACUCUCGCCUCAACUCCGGCAACUUGUUAAGCAGUCCUUAAUUGAAAGCAUCACUUUGGAGCACAGUCCACCGGUGAGGAAAGCCAGCGCGAAUGUGGUGAGCAUUGUAGCCAAGUAUGCAGUGCCAGCUGGAGACUGGCCGGAUUUGUUGCCAUUCUUGUUCCAGUGCAGUCAGAGCGCGCAAGAAGACCAUAGAGAGGUUGCAUUGAUACUUUUCAGCUCCUUAACUGAAACAAUCGGCAAUUCAUUUCGUCCAUACUUUACAGACCUACAGUCUUUGCUACUCAAGUGCCUUCAAGAUGAAACCAGUAACCGAGUCAGAGUUGCUGCCCUCAAGGCAGUUGGCUCCUUCUUAGAGUUCACCCAUGAUCAGGCAGAAGUAGUCAAGUUUCGAGAUUUCAUACCAAGCAUUUUGAAUGUGUCAAGACAAUGCCUUGCAGCUGGUGAAGAGGACAUAGCUGUAAUUGCAUUUGAAAUAUUUGAUGAGCUGAUUGAAUCUCCUGCACCACUUCUCGGGGAAUCAGUGAAAUCAAUUGUACAGUUUUCACUUGAAGUCUGUUCAAGUCUGAAUUUGGAAUCAAAUACACGCCACCAGGCUAUUCAGAUUAUUUCAUGGCUUGCGAAAUAUAAAUCCAACUCACUCAAAAAGUAUAAACUGGUUACACCAAUUCUGCAAGUUAUGUGUCCUUUGCUUGCGGAAUCCACUAACAGGGAAGAAGAUGAUGAUCUUGCUCCAGAUCGUGCUGCUGCAGAAGUGAUUGAUACCAUGGCUAUGAGCUUGUCUAAGUAUGUUUUCCCGACUGUUUUUGAGUUCGCUUCUCUCAGUAGUCAAAGUGUCAAUCCAAAGUUUCGGGAAGCUUCAGUUACUGCAUUGGGUGUUGUUUCUGAGGGAUGUUUGGACUGGAUGAAACAGAAGCUGGAACCUGUUCUUCAUAUAGUCCUGGGGGCUCUUAGAGAUUCGGAACAAAUGGUGAGGGGGGCUGCAUCAUUUGCAUUAGGUCAAUUUGCUGAGCAUCUGCAGCCUGAGAUAGUAUCUCAUUAUGAAAUUGUUCUUCCUUGCAUCUUGAAUGCCCUAGAGGAUGUAUCUGAUGAGGUUAAGGAAAAGUCCUACUAUGCUUUAGCAGCAUUUUGUGAGGACAUGGGUGAAGAAAUUCUUCCUUUUUUGGACCCUUUGAUGGGAAAGUUGCUUGGCGCCCUUCAGAAUAGUCCGCGUAAUCUGCAAGAGACAUGCAUGUCUGCAAUUGGUUCAGUUGCAUCAGCUGCAGAGCAAGCCUUCAUUCCUUAUGCUGAAAGGGUUCUAGAGUUGAUGAAAAUGUUUAUGGUGCUAACCAAUGAUGAGGACCUCCGAUCACGAGCAAGGGCUACUGAAUUGGUUGGAAUGAUUGCUAUGUCUGUUGGGAGGACUAGAAUGGAGCCAAUUUUACCACCCUUUGUUGAAGCUGCUAUUUCUGGUUUUGGGUUGGAAUUCAGUGAGCUUAGGGAGUACACUCACGGAUUUUUUAGCAAUAUAGCAGAAAUUUUAGAUGAAGGUUUUACGCAGUACCUUCCUCAUGUUGUUCCUCUGGCAUUUGCCUCCUGCAAUCUUGAUGAUGGCUCUGCCGUGGAUAUCGCUGAUUCAGAAGAGGAUGAGAACAUCAAUAGUUUCGGAGGUGUAUCAUCAGAUGACGAAGCACAUGAUGAACCAAGAGUUCGUAACAUCAGCAUAAGAACAGGUGUAUUGGACGAAAAGGCAGCUGCAACACAAUCCCUUGGCUUAUAUGCUCUGCAUACAAAGAAUUCCUAUGCACCGUACUUGGAAGAAUCUUUAAAGAUCUUGGUGAAACAUUCAAGCUAUUUUCAUGAGGAUGUGCGGCUCCAGGCUAUUAUUGGUCUGAAACAUAUUUUGACAGCUGCACAAGCAGUUUUUCAAGCUCAUAAUGAAGGGAUGUUAAAGAUAAAAGAAGUCCUUGAUGCAGUAAUGAAUAUUUACAUGAAAACAAUGGUUGAAGAUGAUGACAAGGAAGUUGUUGCUCAAGCUUGCAUGAGUGUUGCUGACAUCAUAAAGGAUUUUGGUUACUUGGCCAUGGAGCCUUAUAUACCUCUGCUUGUGGAGGCCACUUUGACAUUGCUCCAAGAGCAGUCUGCUUGUCAACAGAUGGAAUCUGAUAGUGAUGAUGAUGAUGAUCCUGAACACGAUGAAGUGCUCAUGGAUGCAGUUUCGGACCUCCUUCCUGCAUUUGCAAAGGCCAUGGGUUCUAAUUUUGCUCCCAUUUUUUCUAAGCUGUUUGAACCCUUGAUGAAAUUUGCCAGAGCUUCACGCCCACCUCCAGACCGGACCAUGGUUGUUGCCUGUCUUGCAGAAGUUGCUCAGGAUAUGGGCACUCCUAUUGCUGGUUAUAUUGAUAAUGUGAUGCCUUUGAUACUCAAAGAAUUGGUAUCAUCGGAGGCAACUAAUCGGAGAAAUGCGGCCUUCUGUGUUGGGGAGUUGUGCAAAAAUGGUGGAGAGUAUGCUUUGAAAUAUUACGGUGAUGCUUUGCGCAGUCUUUACCGGUUGUUUGGAGACUUAGAGCCAGAUAAUGCAGUAAGGGAUAAUGCUGCAGGUGCUGUAGCUAGGAUGAUAAUGGUGCAUCCAGAGGCAAUCCCACUUAAUCAGGUCCUACCUGUUUUCUUGAAAGUCCUUCCUUUAAAAGAAGAUCAUGAGGAAUCCCUGGCUGUUUAUAGCUGCAUUUGCAAUCUUGUUUUAUCAUCUAAUUCCCAGAUCCUGUCUUUAGUUCCAGAGUUGGUUAAUCUAUUUGCCCAAAUUGCUGUGUCACCUGUAGAAACUCCUGAAGUAAAAGCUCAUAUAGGCAGAGCUUUCUCUCACUUGAUUUCAUUGUAUGGUCACCAAAUGCAGCCUCUUUUGGCAAAUCUUUCACCUGCACAUGCAAAUGCGCUAGCUGCAAUUGCUCCAAACUGCUGACACUUGAGCAGAUAAUUGAAGUUUUCUUGGCUGUUUGAUACGUGUUGUCAAUACAAUGAGCUGGUUGGUCUCAUACAGGUGGUGUCUCCGAUUUUCCAGCAUGGAGAUGAAGCCAUUUCUUGCAAUUUAUUUUUUGUUAUUAUAGAAAAAAGUCUUAUGUAUUUGUACCAAUCAUUCUUUAUUUAUUUUUGCUCAGUUAUUUGAGGUUGAUGACGUGCGAGGUUUCUUUUUGUUUUUGUCUUUUUGGGGGUGUAAAUUCUUGUGUUUCAUUUAUUAAUGGCCAAAGUGUAGUAUCCGACUAUUCUUGAGGAGGCCGUUUCGAGUGUCUUGUAAGGAUCCACUAUUCAGCAGCAAUAUGAAGUUUGGCCAUAUAAAGUUUUCAUUUCA